AUGUCUCACCACCUAUCGCCCCUGGCGGUAUCAAUGCUAGCCAUUGGAGGCACAAUUGGAACGGGGCUCUUUUUUUCGGUGUCAACGCUCCUAGCUAGAGGUCCUCUCACUACUUUGGCCUCGAUGUUGUAUGUGGCCUUGAUUGUGGUCGUGGUUCUUCAGACUGCUGGUGAAUUGGCUGCAAAAUUCCCUGAAACGGGUCUGAUCUGUAGAUUCCAAUACAUGUUUUUGGGCAGAGCUGCAGGUUUGGCCAACAGCAUUGUCUAUUGGAUCAGUUGGGGGCUCACUUUUGCGCUUGAGCUCUCGUUGGUGGUCUCAAUUGUCAGGUUUUGGUUUCCACAUUCGGACUCGCAGAACUUGACCAUUGUGUUUGUUGUCUGGGCCACCCUUACCGCAUUUAAUCUCCUUCCGGUGGACAUAUAUGGUCAGAUUGAGUAUUGGAUGGCUCUCGUCAAGGUAUUGGCGAUUCUAGUGUGGAUCGUGGUGGUGAUGGUGUCGCUUGUGGCUCAAAAUCGAUUUUUCUCCGUCUGGACUGAUCAUUGGCCGCAGAGCUUCAUUGGUGGACAGACUUCUGGCACGCGCUUUGUGGUGGACUUGGUCAAUUCGUUGGUGUUCCUGUCUUUCCUCUUCCAAUCGGUAGAAUCGGUGGCCAUUUCCAUGCGGGAUAUCGAUAAUCCUCGCAAACUGGUCCGCCAGAUUAUGCGUGUGGUCUUUGUGCGCAUUGUCGUGUUUUAUCUUGUGUCUGUGUUUCUUCUCUCGCUCAGUAUCCCAUACCUGGACCCUAAACUCAAGCUGCCGGAGCUACAAAACUUGCUUUCGUCCCCCUUUCUAAUUGCGCUCCAAAAUUUGGGAUAUCAAGAGAAUUGGGACCUACUUUCGCUCUUCAACUUUGUGAUUUUGACGGCCAUUCUUCUGGCCGCAAACUCCAAUGUAUACUUUGGAUCGAGGUACCUCCAAUCGAUGGUCGAAACAGAGGCAAACACUACUCGAUUUGCGUUUCUUGCUAGGACAAAUUCAAAAAACGUUCCAGUUGCGGCUGUGCUUUCUACGGCGGCAUUUGGUGCUGUAGCACUCCUCCUCAAGUUCCACUCCAUUUCGGUCGUUUUCAACUUCCUCUUAACAUGUUGUGCGCUGGCAGGCAUGCUUAUGUGGUGUUUGCUCAGUAUUCUGUACGUUCGCUAUAGCUAUGCGUUGGAGAAGCAGUGUCUCCCAUGGAAUAGAUACCGCAGAUAUGGGGCUAUGUGGGCUCUGGCCAGCAUGAUUGUCAUUCUUGGUUGCUGUGGUCUCGAAACAUUUUAUCUGUUCAGUGUUUUGUCUCUUGUUGGCGCCUACAUGACUGUUGCAGUGUUUUUGGUAGCGUAUGCCUGUUUGGGUGGAGGGUAUGUUCCACUAGAAGAGAUUGAUUUGGGAGAAUUGAUUUUCACAGACGCUGAAUAUGGGUCUGUAUGUGAACGGUAG